AAAUACUUGAAUAUGCUCUGAAUUCAUAAAGAAGAAUCAAAGAUAUGAACACCUCUACACUUAAAUCUCACUUGAUCUACUUCCCACGCCAUAGCAAUCCCACAAGCCCACCUGCAAAACUUCUAUCCCUAAUAACCCCCAUCAAAAUCACUUCAUGUCUAAAACACCCUACGAAUCCUCUAAGAACUACUACUACUACUACGACCCUUUCUAGACAAACCAUAGGGUACCCUACAAAAACCAGUCAUAUAAACAAACCCUCUACCUCAAACCUCAUUCCCGCCAAAUCAGAAAGACCCUCGAAGGAAGAGUUCCCUCAAGUUUUGCCAAAUGGGUAUUCAAGGGUUGUGAUAUUUGGGGCUGUUUCUGUAGGAUUUGUACUGUUUCUAAUGGGGCUUGAUGAUCACAAGGCACUGGCUUUUGGUCCAGGAGGGCCAUUGAUGGAGGAUUUUUGGGAGAACAUGAGGAGAUAUGCACUUUAUGCUCUGACAGUGAGUACUGGUGUGGCUUAUGUUGUGUUUCAGCCCAUAGUGGAGUUGUUGAAGAACCCUAUCUCUGCAAUUCUCAUUAUCACAAUCAUUGGGGGUGGUUUCUACAUUGUUUCCCAAGUUGUCUCUGCCAUGGUUGGUGUCACUGAUUUUUCUUAUGAUUAUAGCUAUUAGAUGGAGAAUUUUCAUAUAUAUAUGUGUGUGUGUGUGUGGAGAGAGAGCAAUGUUAGUAUUGAUCCAUGUUUCUCUAUUUCUGUUUAGUUCAAUUGCAAGAACAAAGUCACUUGGGGACAAUUUUUGUCCAUUCAUCUGAACUUAUCUUUCCGAAUUUAUGAUUCUGGUUAGACGUUUUACUGUCA